CUCUCUCUUCUUCAACUCUGAGAGAGAGAGAGAGAGAGAGAGAGAGAGAGAUGGCUGCAUGUUGUGGUAUUCUGACGAGGGGCAGCAUGCUUCGGUGGUCGGAUUUCACACCGGAGAAUUCGACGAGGAAGCUCAUCUCCACGUCAAAAUCUCUUCGCAUGAACAAGCGCAAGCUGUAUGCAGUGGCCACAGCCAAGGGAAAUGAUUCAAAUGAAGAUAGCAAGAUAUCUAUAAGGAAUGAUCAGCAACAAGAGGAGAUUCCAAGAACCCUUGAUUUCUCUGGAGAAAAGCCUUCUACACCAAUCUUAGACACCAUAAACUACCCAAUUCACAUGAAGAAUCUCUCUACAAGAGAGCUGGAGAAUUUAGCCGACGAACUCCGGACGGAGAUUGUAUACACUGUGUCGAAGACGGGCGGUCACUUAAGUGCGAGCCUCGGUGUCGCCGAGCUUGCUGUGUCACUACACCAUGUAUUCAACACCCCAGAUGAUAAGAUCAUAUGGGAUGUGGGCCAUCAGGCCUACCCACAUAAAAUAUUGACAGGAAGGCGGUCGCGGAUGCAUACGAUCAGGCAAACAUCAGGGCUGGCAGGCUUCCCUAAGAGGGAUGAGAGUGUCCAUGAUGCCUUUGGAGCUGGCCAUAGUUCUACAAGCAUCUCAGCUGGUCUAGGAAUGGCGGUCGGUCGGGACUUAUUAGGGAAGAAAAAUCAUGUAAUUGCGGUGAUUGGCGACGGAGCCAUGACAGCGGGCCAAGCAUACGAGGCAAUGAAUAAUGCAGGUUAUCUGGAUUCCAAUAUCAUCAUCGUCUUGAACGACAACAAACAAGUAUCACUUCCAACUGCAACCGUCGAUGGUCCGGCUCCUCCUGUUGGAGCUCUAACUAGGGCUCUCACAAGACUCCAGUCCAGCACAAAGCUUCGCCAGCUACGCGAAGCAGCUAAGGGUAUCACAAAGCAGAUCGGAGGGAAGACGCAUGAAGUGGCGUCGAAGGUUGAUGAAUAUGCCAGAGGGAUGCUGAGUGCAUCAGGGGCCACUUUAUUUGAGGAGCUUGGACUCUAUUACAUUGGCCCAGUGGAUGGCCACAACGUCGAAGAUCUCGUCCACAUCUUCGAGAAGGUGAAGGCCACACCUGCCCCCGGCCCGGUUCUCAUCCACAUCAUCACAGAGAAAGGAAAAGGCUAUGCUCCGGCAGAAAUCGCCGCCGAUAAGAUGCAUGGUGUUGUGAAGUUCGAUCCGAAGACGGGGAAGCAAAUGAAGCCCAAAACUCCAACCAAAGCAUACACCAACUACUUCGCAGAUUCUCUGAUAGCUGAAGCGGAGAAAGACAGUAGCAUUGUAGCCAUCCAUGCAGCCAUGGGCGGAGGGACGGGUCUCAACAUAUUCCAGAAACGCUUCCCAGAUCGGUGUUUCGACGUAGGGAUUGCUGAGCAGCAUGCUGUUACGUUCGCGGCCGGCCUAGCAACAGAAGGCCUUAAGCCUUUCUGUGCAAUCUACUCCUCUUUUCUACAGAGAGGGUAUGAUCAGGUGGUCCAUGACGUAGACCUUCAGAAGCUUCCGGUGCGGUUCGCCCUCGAUAGGGCAGGCCUGGUGGGGGCUGACGGACCCACUCACUGCGGAGCCUUCGACGUCACCUACAUGGCGUGCUUGCCCAACAUGGUUGUCAUGGCCCCAUCCGACGAGACCGAGCUCAUGCACAUGGUCGCCACUGCCACAGCCAUUGACGAUAGGCCAUCCUGCUUCAGAUUCCCAAGAGGGAACGGCAUCGGCUCACCCCUCCCACCAGGCAACAAGGGGACUCCAUUAGAGAUUGGAAAGGGAAGGAUAGUAAGGGAGGGAAGCAAGGUGGCCAUUUUGGGGUUUGGGAUCAUGGUGCAGAACUGCCUAGGAGCGAGUCAGAUUCUAGAAGAGCACGGCAUUUCGGCCACAGUGGCGGAUGCACGCUUCUGCAAGCCGCUCGAUGCUGAUCUGAUAAGGAGUCUAGCCCGCGAGCAUAGUAUCCUCAUUACGGUCGAAGAAGGAUCGAUUGGAGGGUUUGGAUCGCAUGUGUCACAUUUCUUAGCUUUGAAUGGGCUCUUGGAUGGAAAUCUCAAGUGGAGGGCUAUGAUGCUCCCAGACCGCUACAUCGACCAUGGAUCACCGAAGGACCAGAUCGAAGAGGCGGGCCUCACUUCCAAACACAUCGCAGCCACCGUCUUAUCGCUCGCCGGAGAAAGCAAGGAUGCUCUCCAUCUUCUCCACCAAGAUUAAAAAAUAAUAAUAAUACUAAUAAUAAUAAAAUCACGUGUAUAUGGGAUGUAUCUCAUGCUCUCUCCUUCCAUUUUCUUCUGUAUGGGAAUAAAAUCUACUUUCUUUAGGGAAUUGAUAUCUAGACACCUCUCUUUUCAAUACAUACACUCUUCUUUCUA